GUAGUUCGCUUGCCCCGCCCCGCUGCCCGCGCUGUCGCGGCGUUUGCUUCCUAGCCCUCCCCACCUUUAGCGCAACCAGCGAGAGGACACCGCCUGCAUCUAGAGCAGCCCGACCAGGAGCAUAACCGUGUGGCGCGCGAACGUGGGACGAAAGCCGUGCGCGGCUGCGCUUUCCCGCCCCUGAGCUGUUGUAGACGCGGGAAAAAUGCUUUCUGAAAGCAGUUCGUUUUUGAAGGGUGUGAUGCUUGGAAGCAUUUUCUGUGCCUUGAUCACUAUGCUAGGACACAUUAGGAUUGGCCAUGGAAAUAGAAUGCACCACGAGCAUCAUCACCUACAAGCUCCUAAUAAAGAAGAUAUCUCGAAAAUUUCAGAGGAUGAACGCAUGGAGCUCAGUAAGAGCUUUCGAGUAUACUGUAUCGUUCUUGUAAAACCCAAAGAUGUGAGUCUUUGGGCCGCAGUGAAGGAGACUUGGACCAAACACUGUGACAAAGCAGAAUUCUUUAGUUCUGAAAAUGUUAAAGUGUUUGAGUCCAUUAACAUGGAAACAAAUGACAUGUGGUUGAUGAUGAGAAAAGCUUACAAAUAUGCCUUUGAUAACUACAGAGACCAGUACAACUGGUUCUUCCUUGCACGCCCCUCUACUUUUGCUAUUAUUGAAAACUUAAAGUAUUUUUUGUUAAAGAAGGAUCCAUCACAACCUUUCUAUCUAGGCCACACUAUAAAAUCUGGAGACCUUGAAUAUGUGAGUGUGGAAGGAGGCAUUGUCUUAAGUAUAGAAUCCAUGAAAAGACUUAACAGCCUUCUCAGUAUCCCUGAAAAGUGUCCUGAACAGGGAGGGAUGAUUUGGAAGAUAUCUGAAGAUAAGCAGCUAGCAGUCUGCCUGAAAUAUGCUGGCGUGUUUGCAGAAAAUGCAGAAGAUUCUGAAGGAAAAGAUGUAUUCAAUACCAAAUCUGUUGGGCUUUUUAUUAAAGAGGCCAUGACUAAUCACCCCAACCUGGUGGUAGAAGGCUGCUGUUCGGAUAUGGCUGUGACUUUUAAUGGGCUGACUCCUAAUCAGAUGCAUGUGAUGAUGUACGGGGUGUACCGUCUCAGGGCAUUUGGGCAUAUUUUCAACGAUGCAUUGGUGUUCUUACCUCCAAAUGGUUCUGAAAAUGACUGAGAAAUGAAAGACGAGCAUGUGCACAGUCACCAUACCGGACAGGUAUUGUCACUUUUGCAGUAACAACUACAUACCUAACACAGCAGUAUGUUUCUUUUCCUUUUUUAGUUUGGUGGCACUGGUUUAAUGGCACAUUCAAGUUUGUGGUACAUUUUAAAUAGGGUGGGUUUGUUCCCCCUUAAAACACAUGUGAAAAUUUCAAAACAUGUUGGAAAGAAAUGUUUUCAGAAGAAUUUUGCAAAAUAAAGAUCUAUUUAUAAAUAUUA